AUGGCAAAUGACAGUGACAACCACCAAUCUCUGAAUAAGGAAAUCCGAGAGAGCGAUGAAGUUGAGCUCAACGAGUUCGACGGAAUCAAUCAAUUACAUGAAUUUGACCAAUUGAAUGAGUUAAGAGAAAUUCUGGCCGAUGACCUGAAUCCAGGAAACCAGAACGCAAUUAAUUCGUCCGACACCCCUGGAAAUAGCGACGACGAAAUCGACUAUGAUCCCGAUGAUCGUCGCCCAAUUUCGCCGUCGAAAAUUUUUUAUUAUUCAGAUACUUGGUACACCGAUGAAGUCAAAUUUGUCACCCCAAAAAAGCGUAGAGAACACGAAAAUGAGCUUAAAGCAUGGCGCGAAAGACGCUGGGCUAAAAUUCGAGAAGAAUGGAACAACAACAACAAAUCCAAGUACAAUCCGUACCAGCCACAAAACAUUGCCACUCAUCCAACGCCGUCUUGGGCCUCCAUUAAACUGGAAUCAUCCGAGGGAGAAGCUCCCAAUUUUUUCGGAGCUGAACUUGAAGCCGCUAGUGCCGCGGACAGGGAUAUUUCCGAGGAGAAUCCAUCUCGCCGUAGAUUGCCGUGGGCAAAUGAGAGACCAGAAGAGAAUUCUGAUACGGAUUCCGAUGAGCAAGAUGCCAAACGCGACAUUUAG